CCUACUCAGCCGCCUGCUAUUCACCUCGCCAUGGUUCUCCUGCCUCUGCGCUGUCUCUUCUGGGGCUCCUUGUUGACCACCGUCUACCCAGAACCACGCACUGCAUGCAGAGAAAAGCAAUACCUAGUAGACAGUCAGUGCUGUAAUAUGUGCCCACCAGGAGAGAAACUGGUGAAUGACUGCCUACAUACCAUUGACACGGAAUGCACUCGUUGCCAAACAGGCGAAUUUCUAGACACUUGGAACGCAGAGAGACACUGUCACCAGCACAAAUACUGCGACCCCAACCUAGGGCUCCAUGUCGAGAAGGAGGGCACGUCAGAAACAGACACCACUUGUACAUGUGAUGAAGGUCUGCAUUGUACCAACGCUGCCUGUGAGAGCUGCACCAUGCACAGCCUGUGCCCCCCUGGCCUGGGAGUCAAACAGAUCGCUACAGGGGUUUCUGAUACCAUCUGCGAUCCCUGCCCCAUCGGCUUCUUCUCCAAUGUGUCUUCUGCUUUGGAAAAGUGUCACCCUUGGACAAGCUGUGAAACCAAAGGCCUGGUGAAGGUUCAGGCGGGAACUAACAAGACUGAUGUUAUCUGUGGUCCCCAGCCUCGGAUAAGAGCCCUAGUGGUGAUCCCCAUCAUGAUGGGGAUCCUGCUUGUUGUCCUGUUGGUGUCUGCCUGCAUCCGUGAGUCCCCAGGAAAGGUGGUCAAGAAGCCAGAGAAUAAGGUUAUGUGUCAGGACCCUGUGGAGGACUUGGAGGAAUUUCCUAUGCCCCCGCACUCCAUUGCUCCGGUGCAAGAGACCUUACAUGGGUGCCAGCCGGUCACCCAGGAGGACGGCAAAGAGAGCCGCAUCUCCGUGCAGGAGAGAGUGUGAGGCAGCGUGUGCCCAGGAGUGUGACAGCGUGGGAGAGUGGGCGCGUGGCUGGAGAGCCUGGAGCUGCUGGAGGGGCAUGAAGGGGCGGUGCUCCCCUGCCUGCACCCCUGUGCUGCAGAAACAGAGAACCUUCCACCCCACCCCUGGAGCCCAUUCCACCUCCCAACUUGCUUUUAAAGAUGGAGAUGAAACUUUUGGGGGGCCAGAUAGUAAUAUCCACCAACCCAGCAUUUCAGGGCCCUGAGGUGUAUAUCACGGUGGUUUCUACGAGCCCAGGAAGACACACGAAGAGCCAUUGUGGCAUUGUUUGUGACAGUGGACAACUGGAGGCCACUUAGCUGUUCAGCAGCAGGGGACUGGCUAAAUAAAAUUGUAAUAUAUUUAUACAACAGGAUCUCAGAAACACUGUCGUGAAAAAAAAAAGCAGGUUGCAGAAUGAUGGGUAUGGAAAAAUUUUUUUUAAAGCAUCUGCCCCCAAACAAUAUGAUGUGUGUAAACAUAACACACUAAGGGAUAUGUAGAUAUGACAAGUGUUCUGGAAGGAUACACAGGAAACGCACAGCUUCAAGAGUUGUAAUAUCUGGGUUGGGGGAGAAGCAUUGGGGAAGGGUUAAAAGAAGGUCUGACUUUUUUCCCCCAAAAGGAAAGUGAGUCCAUUUAAUGCUUAUAUAAUUAAAAAGUCAUCAAACAUGUAUAAAGGAAAGUCGGGGUGGAAAUGCUGAGUGACAUGAGCUGUUUCACUUGCUGUCAGGCUCACAGAAUUAGGGCACUUGCUGAGGAUAAUAAGAACGUCCCCAGGCUGCUGCCCUUCUGGGGCGGUUUCCAUGUGUGCUCACAUUUGGCAUUGUGUUUGGAAAACGCUCUCCUCAUUUUAUUCAUGUUCAUAAAAAAAACAGCCUUGAGGGCAGGCAGGGCCCACAUCCCUCUUUAACAGAGGUGAAAAUGGGAGCCCAGAGAGGUAAAGGGACUUGCCUGUGGUCACACAGCAAUUCUCAGUGGUGCCACUCAAAGCUCACCACUCUCGGUCCUAUGCUGCUUCUUCCAGAUUUUCCUGCUCUCUGGAGCCUACAUCUGUAGCUCCUUCCUGGGGAGGUCCUGGGCCUCCCACUUCCUUCUGACCUCCCAACUGCUACAGAAGCUGCCUGCUUCUUGGUCAGAUGGUGCCCCCUUCCCCCCAGCAGUAUCUUAGGAUAAAAAUAAACCAUCCUGUUCUC